AUGGCGGCGGUGGCAGUGGCAGUAGUGGUGGUGGUGGCUGAUCAAGUGAUAGAUGAAGUAAAUUCAUGGGUCAAAAAUGAAACCAAGGGACUCAUCAAGAAUCUCCCUCCUCCUGGAUCUUUAUAUGGUGACACUGCACUCCUCUUUGCCAAUGCAUUAUACUGCAAAGGACAAUGGGAUCAAAAAUUCGAUAAAACAUGUACAAGAAACAUGAAUUUUCAUCUUCUCGAUGAAGAGAUCGCUCAAGUUCCUUUCAUGACAAGCAAAAGAGAUAGUCGUCAACUUUACGGAUUAUUCGGUGGAUAUAAAAUCCUCAGUAUUCCAUACCAAGGUAGCAACUUCUCCAUGUACUUUUUUCUUCCAAAUGAAACAGAUGCUUGCCAAAACUAG